GGCAGUAUUUAUGGAGCAGCUCUUGGACAGUCGAGUAAUACUGCCCGAUUAGGUAUAGACUGGUUGUCUCAAAACGGAUGAGGGGCUGGUUAGGGCUAGGGCUUAUCUUGUCUCCCGAAUAGCCAAUCACAAACUGAUCUGCUGCCCCGUGAGUCUGAAUCAUCCUGAAUCAGCCGGACUGUGAGUAACGCGGCCUGGUCGUAUCUGGCCUUGGAUUCCUGAUCCGAGAUCCUACAUUCAGGCUCAAAGCAAGGCAAUAACAGCGGCAUCUUUGAGGUCCUUUCCAGAGACACUCUUGAAACCCAGAACGACCAGGUUGUGCUGCCAAACACCCGUCGAAGUUCGCGUCGAUCCCCUUUCCCCCCCCCGUUAUCGCGUCGCAAAAUGGCCAUCCACCCGCAUCUACCAUCGCCGUCGCCCACGCCGUCUCGGGGCAGUCUGACACCGCAGCAGACGCGGGCAAUCUCUGCUUGGACCGAGCAAGCCACGGCGUCUCUCGAAGAUCUGACGCUCUCCGAGGUGGUUACCGUGGGCGAUGGGACUGCUGCGCCGACCUCGACGCGCCGAGUCAUGCGCGGGGCCUCCUCCGUCACAUUGACCAUCCCGCUUGACGACCAUUUGCCGCCAGCCGAGCUCAGCCCAACACCACGGAUGCGACUGGCGAACCGCACACCCGCGGCUGCAGAGAACGAGGCUCCCAAGGUAUCGGUCAGUUUUCGGCGGCGUGAGCCUCUCCGCCGGGAUAGUUUGAAGCGCCGCGAGGCGUUGCUCAAAGGCAAAGAUGGCAGUCGGCGGCGACAACGGUGGGAGAAUGACCGUUUGCUGCAUAACCCGUGGGCGGAACCACCCUCGUCCAGCGACUGGGCCGUGCAACCCACGUACACCCGCCACGACCCAAUGCCCUACUACCUUGCCUCGCUGUGGGACGCAAAAUACAAAGAGCGGGGCUGUACUGUCUCCAAACAGACCCCCAAGGGCACCCAUGACGACCAGACUCGGAUCUCCAAGGAGGUACGGAUGAAACUCAAGCACGCGCGCGCGGCCCGCGGUCUGCUCCAGGACUUGGAAGAGGAGAUCCGGCGAUUUAUCCAGCGAUGGAACGAAAAGCAGUUGAUCCUGCGCGAUGAAGAAGAAGAAGAAGAAGAAGAAGGAGAAGCAGAUGAAGACUCUGAUGAAGACGAGGUAGUUUUCGCCGGUCGCGGCCAAAUGCAAAAACAAACCCCUCGUCCAGACCGUGUCAGCAGCUCGUCACGCCACGACCACGAGUGGGAAGAAGGCAAGAAGAAGGUCUUUGAAAGCCAUGUCGACGACCGCGCCGCCGGGUUCGCCCGCUGGCUCGUCCACUCCCUCGCCUCGUACUAUGGCCUGCACACCUGGUCCGUCACCGUCGGUACCGAAGAGGAAGGGUCCCCGGCCCGCCGGGAGGCAUACGUCGGAUUCCACCCGCCCGUCACGACCGGCCGUCAGGUUGUCGUGACACACCCGGCUGUUGCGGUUGCGGUUGCCGUUGCGGAUGGGUGCCGGCGCGAAGCGAGGAUCAGGCCGGGAGACGAACUUCCCACGCCCCUGUGGACGCAGGUUUGAAAUUUUUUUUUUUUGAAAUUUUUUUUUUGUUCACCUGUAAGUAAGCUAGAAUUAUCUGCUUGAUAUAUAUACCAUUAGAAUCAAAUGUAGGUGAUUUUCUCUCGAUUGGCAUGUCAUGUUGAUCCU